AUGGAUAAAUUCGAUGAUGAUGAUCUUGUUUCAUUAUUUAAACGAUGUGCUUAUAAUGUAGUUAUAUCAACUGGUUGUAACGUAACACUUAAUGUCAUUGAUUGUUGGGAUAUUGGUGUUGCCAAAAAUGAUUAUAAUAAUGAUUUUCAACAAGCCAGCUUUGUUGAUUCAAUCUUGACAUCAGAAAAUGGUAAACAUAUUGAUUAUAUAACUGAACAAAUAUGUCCAAAACUUGUUGAACAUAUGAAAAAGAAAAGUAAAGCUGCUGCUGCUGCUGCUGAAAAUCUUAAAUCAAUGCAAGUUGAAAAUCAUUUGUUUAUAUGUGUUAAUUGUUUAAUUGAAUAUCCGGAAUUUGAAUCACAAGCUAAACAAAACAAAUUAGCAACUGAAGGUAAACAUUUUUGUUCAACAUUUCCAUUAAAAGAUGAUAAAAAAAAUUUUUUAAAGGUAUUAUAA